AUGAAGUUCUCUUCCCCACUCAUCCUUUCGACGGCAUUCCUUGCCGUAGCACCCCGUGCAGAUGGAACGACCGCCAACUUUCGUGGUCGAUCCUUGAUCGAUUGCGCGGCAGACCGCGCCUGUCCAGAAGGCGAAUACUGUCAAGAUCUGAAGUGCUAUGACGGCUCUGCAGGCGAUAAGUGUCUUGUCGAUUCCGAAUGCCAAGACGGUCUCGUUUGCAUGGGCCUGCCAGGAGCCUUUGGUGAUCAUUUGGGUCCCUUCGAGUCGAAAUGUUACGAGCCAAGUGAAAAGGGGGUUCCCUGUUCCCGUGAUGCCGUCUGCAUUGGCUACUGCAACAAUGGUUUGUGCUGGGAUGGAGUGGAUGGCGACAGCUGUGCCAAUGAUUCGGAUUGUCAAGGCGACUUGAAUUGCGUUGGCGCUCUUGCCUUCAAGACUUGUCGGGAUCAGGAACCUGAAGGAGGAGGCUGUGGUACCGAUGAGGAGUGCCUUGGAUAUUGUCACAACCUGAAAUGUUGGGAUGGGAGUGAUGGUGACGAUUGCGGGAAUGACUCGGAUUGCCAGGGCAGCCUCACUUGCUAUGGCGUUGGUCUGAGCAAGAAAUGCACGAGUAAGAAAGAAGAAGGCGCUCAAUGUGGAGCGGAUGCGGAUUGCAUUGGCUACUGUCACAAUCUCAUUUGUUGGGACGGAUCCGAGGGCGACAGUUGUGGCAGCGACUCCGAUUGUGCGGGAAGCCUCACUUGUCAGGGUUUUGCUUUGGGCAAGCAGUGCACGAGCAAGAAGGGCGAAGGAGGUAGCUGUGGAGCGGAUUCUGACUGUCUCGGCUACUGUCAGCAUCUCCGCUGUUAUGACGGUAGCCGUGGGGAUCCUUGCAAGCACGGAUCAGAUUGUCAGUCUGGCCGAUGCGAGAAGCGUUGCAGAAUCUGCGCCAAGAGGGAGUGCAAAUAA